UGUGGGGCGGGCGGCGCCACCAGUAGACACGAAGAACUACAAGGCCCGGCAACGCGGGCGGUUGGAAGUUUCGAGAGGCGGAGCGGAGAGAGAGCACAGUCCGCUAGCGCUGCCAGUGCAACAGUCGGGAUUGUGAGAGAAACCGUCGCAUUUCGAUAAAGAUAAGCGAGUGAGAGAGGGGGAGAAAAAGGGAGCAGGGUAAAAAAAGAUGUCGCUGCAGGUAGUCACGGCCAAGCUGGCCGAGGUGGAGCUGAGAGAGGCCGUGGUGGCCCCGGAGAAGGUGAGCGCCGAGGGCAACGGCGUCCAGACAAAAGACGUGGAGCCCACGGCUACAACCUCGGCGGAGGAAGUCAAGCAGCAUCACCUACCGCCGCUAAGCACCGCGGCCAAGGACGCCAAGUCGGCGAUGAAGCGGGUGGAGGCCGCGCAGAACGGGGACACGUUCAACGCGGACGGCACCGUCAUGGAAGCGCCGCGGACCGUGAAAAAGAUCCAGUUUGCUGACCAGAAACAAGAAUUCAACAAACGUCCAACCAAAAUAGGUCGUCGCUCGCUUUCUCGAUCAAUCUCGCAAUCCUCUACGGACAGCUACAGCUCAGAACUGAUGGGUAUGUCUAAUCAAAAUAAUGCGGCAUCUUACACAGAUAGCUCAGAUGAUGAAACUUCACCUCGUGAUAAGCAACAGAAAAAUUCGAAGGGCUGCAGUGACUUCUGCAUCAAGAACAUCAAGCAGGCAGACUUCGGACGCAGGGAGAUUGAAAUUGCAGAACAAGAAAUGCCAGCACUUAUGGCUCUACGAAAACGAGCCCAGGGAGAAAAACCAUUGGCUGGAGCGAAGAUAGUCGGCUGCACCCACAUCACAGCCCAGACUGCGGUGCUGAUGGAAACACUUGCUGCCCUUGGAGCUCAGUGCAGGUGGGCUGCCUGUAACAUUUAUUCCACCCAGAAUGAAGUGGCUGCUGCGCUGGCUGAGAAUGGUUAUCCAGUCUUUGCCUGGAAGGGAGAAUCAGAAGAUGAUUUUUGGUGGUGUAUUGAUCGCUGUGUGAAUGUGGAAGGAUGGCAGCCUAACAUGAUUCUGGAUGAUGGUGGUGACCUCACCCACUGGAUUUAUAAGAAGUAUCCUAACAUGUUCAAGAAAAUUAAGGGCAUUGUGGAAGAAAGUGUGACUGGCGUUCACAGGCUUUAUCAGUUGUCUAAAGCUGGUAAGCUCUGUGUUCCAGCCAUGAAUGUAAAUGACUCUGUAACCAAGCAGAAGUUCGAUAACCUUUAUUGCUGUAGGGAGUCCAUACUCGAUGGUCUCAAGAGGACAACAGAUGUGAUGUUUGGUGGCAAACAGGUCGUGGUAUGUGGAUAUGGGGAGGUUGGAAAGGGUUGUUGUGCUGCCUUAAAGGCAAUGGGAUCCGUAGUGUAUGUCACGGAGAUUGACCCAAUUUGUGCUCUCCAAGCCUGUAUGGAUGGAUUCAGACUUGUCAAAUUGAAUGAAGUAAUUAGACAGGUGGACAUCGUCAUUACUUGCACAGGUAACAAAAAUGUAGUGACCAGGGAACACCUGGAUCGCAUGAAGAAUGGUUGUAUCGUCUGCAACAUGGGACAUUCCAAUACUGAAAUUGAUGUGGCAAGCCUUCGAACUCCAGAACUCACGUGGGAGCGCGUUAGGUCACAAGUGGAUCAUGUCAUUUGGCCAGAUGGCAAAAGGAUUGUUUUACUAGCUGAGGGGCGGCUGCUUAACUUGAGUUGUUCCACAGUUCCUACUUUUGUCCUUUCCAUCACUGCUACCACACAGGCACUGGCAAUGAUAGAACUGUACAAUGCACCAGAGGGUCGAUAUAAACAGGAUGUGUACUUGCUGCCUAAGAAAAUGGAUGAAUAUGUAGCCAGUCUUCACUUGCCUACGUUUGAUGCACAUCUCACAGAACUGACAGACGAGCAGGCAAAAUACCUUGGUUUGAAUAAGAAUGGACCUUUCAAGCCAAACUAUUAUCGGUAUUAAAUGCAAAAGCAACAAGCACAUCAAACAAGAGGGGGACCUUUUGUCACUAAUGUAAACGAACAAAAUCUCUUCUUUAGAGCUGGCCUUGAUUAAGCAGUUUUACAUAUUUAGUCAUUUAUUUAUUUACCUAGAUUGUGUAUAAUCUCAGCAGAAAAUUGUUUUUACUGCAUUAGAAGAUGAAAAAUGUCUGCAAUGUGAUUUUUUUCCUUCUAUUGCUGUUGUGCUUUAAAAUAGUUAUAACAUCCUAGCUGUUAACCUUGGGAAAGAAACAAUGAAGCAAAAUGUUAGCUGUUUUAAAAUUGUUACGGUGCACAUAUUUCAGAUGUUUAGUUUUUAAUUUGAGUAACAAAAGGUAAGGAAAUAGUUAAAUGCUGAAGGUAUACCAUUAUGGAAUUCCGUAAAACAUUUUCUUUAAAAUAUCAAGCUGUGAGAUCCUAGAAAAUCAAAUAAUAUGGCUCUCAAACGAUAACUCAUAUUUUGUUUCUGAAACUUUUUUAAAAUCAGGUGAAGCAGAGUAGAUGUGUGACUGGUUGGGUAGCUUAGCAUUAAGAUUCUUUCUUUACUGCACUGGUGUUGUUUACUCAAGUCAUGGUACUGUUUGAAAUUUGUCUCAACUCCUAAGAAUGUGAGCUUCUUCCCCCAGCUGGGACAUAGCUUCAAGUCAAUAAGAGUGCAUAAAAGAAUGGUCGGCAUAAGUGAUAUAGUCACCACAUGAACCAUAACAAAUAAAGCAUACAACUAACUAAGUGAACUCUAUAAUUAUUUUGACAUGCUUCAAUAUUUAAGCAGAGUAAAGUUCCAUCUUUAUCUCUGGAAGAUGGGACGUUGACAACAUUUUUUUUGCAGAUCAGUGGGUUUAUUUUGUAGAGCACCAUGAAAGAUGUUUUUUGGUAUUUGUUACGUGUAAUUUUGAUUAACUUAUUUAUCCAACUCCCCUACCCACUUCCCUCAGUCUGAGAAUCUUCAAAUGGUACUAGUUGUUACAAACUGUUAUUUCUGGUUGGUCUUCUGCUAGCCAAUAGUUGGGACUGCCUUGGAUGCUGUCACCUGCCCGGCCAACCAGUAGGGAGAUAUAUUGCAAUAUAUGUCAUCAAUUUGGAGUUUUGAUUUACACCAAAGAAGACCAAUCACCCAACUGCACCAGUGCGUCUGUCUGGCCAAGAGCCAUUUUGUUUUUCUUCUGAGGAAAAAUCUUGCCUUAUCUAUGGCCAUCAGUCUUAAUUAUUUGUUUUUUUCAUAAAAUUAAAUGACUGCUAUUUUAUUUUAAAAGAAUUACCACAUCUAUUUUAGGAUUCCCACAAAUAUUAACCAUACAUUUCUGCACAUUGUUAUAUUUGAUCUCCCUCCCUGCAAUUCUAAAAAAAACUGAUGUUUUUAAAUGAAUCCCAGCCAUUUAGUGAGCUGUUUUUUUAUAUUAUCACUUCGACUGUGGGGAAGAGGUUGGCAUGGAAUGUAGUAAUUGUUGUAUGUAACGAAUAAAAGUUUAAACAAAAUUGACACCAGCAAACUGCUCUGGAGAGCAGAAGAAUCGACUCCAAAAGGAAAAGAAAAUCAUCCGUUUACUAACACAAACUACGUUUUAAAAUUGAGGUAACUAUUUUAUGUACUGUAUUAAUGGUCAAGUAUUGUAGUAGAUGAGCAAUAAUGAAGCUGUAAUCAUAAUUCAAAUAAAGUUAAUAAAUUCAGA